ACUCUUUCUUUCUGCCCUCAACCUUCUCCUGUACUCUCAUUCACAAAUGCAAACAGACACACAAGUGCAGGUCCCCAGACGGCUGAUCUUGCGUCACAGAGAGCACAAGCCGAGCCUCUUCUGUAUGCAGUUUAGCCAGCUCAGCUCUACAUCGUGCAGAUGGAGGAGAAGGAGAUGAGAGGCGGGGGCUUCAAAAUCAUCAGGUGUGUGUGUGUGUGUGUGUGUGUACAGGGUGAAUGAUCAUCUGGAUAUUUCACAGAAGAUAAGAGGGAUACAGAUCUGCUAAUCUUGGAUAGCACGACUGGACAGUUAACUGUGAAGGAAUUGCCUUGACCAUGCAUCAUUGUUAACAAAGUCAUUUUUCAUAGAUUUCUCAGAGUCAUUGCUUUUUUUCUGCCAAUCAAGCUGUGACAGGGAUAUCUACAUGAUUUGGAUUUUCUUCCAGGGUCCAACCAGGCAGCUAUGAUGGUUGGAAAGCCAGUCAGGCAGUGGAGGUCCAUCUGUAAGGGACUGAUCCUGGGCGCGCUCCUGACCAUCUGCAUGAUUCUUUUGUACUGCCUGUCAACCUCAGUGGUCCAGUUUGGCCUGCAGGAGGUCCCAGUGCCUUACUCAUGUGCUCAUCGCCCUUCUGCUGCCCACUCCUCACCAAUCUCUAACAGCUCCCAUCAUGCCUCUGGGCAGCGAAUCUGCACUCCAAAAGUGGACAUCAUGUUCAUGAAAACCCAUAAAACGGCUAGUAGCACUUUCCUCAACAUUCUCUUUCGCUUUGGUGAAAAACACCAGCUCAAAUUUGCCUUCCCCAACAGCCGCAAUGACUUCUUUUACCCGUCCCCUUUCCAUCGCUCACAGGUGAAGGACUACACGCCCGGAAUGUGUUUCAACAUCAUCUGUAAUCACAUGCGUUUCAAUGCUGCUGAGGUGGCCAAAGUGCUUCCAGCCGACACCUCGUACAUCACAAUCCUCCGGGACCCGGCUGAUCUCGCUGAGUCCUCGUUCCACUAUUUUGGACGCAUUGUACCUCUCACUUGGAAGAUUUCAGGAGAUGACAAGUUAAGAGAAUUCCUGACGGAUCCAAAGCUUUACUACGACCCAGAGGGAUUCAAUUCGUUCUAUCUCAAAAACUUGCUUUUCUUUGACUUUGGACAGGAUAAUAACUUAAAUCCAGACGACCCAAAGCUAGACAAGGCCAUUCAAGCAAUCACCAAGCACUUCCAUUUGGUCAUGCUUGUGGAGUAUUUCGAGGAGUCGCUCAUCCUGCUCAAGGAUGCCCUCUGCUGGGACAUGGAGGACUUGCUUUUCUUCAAACUCAAUGCCCGGAAAGGUUCAACUGUUUCUAAACUGACUCCAGAGCUCAGGGCCAAAGCGCUGGAGUGGAACGCCAUCGAUUGGAAGCUUUACCAGUACUUCAACGCCACCUUCUGGCAUAAAGUGGACGCUUACGGCCGUGAGCGCAUGGCGAGAGAUGUCGCAGAGCUGCAGAGCAGAAAUGCAGAAAUGGCUUCCAUUUGCAUUGAAGGAGGCCAUGCUGUCGAUGCAGGAAGCAUCUUAGAGACUUCCAUGCAGCCGUGGCAACCCAUCGGUGAGAAGUCAAUUAUGGGAUACAAUCUGAAAAAGAAUGUUGACAAAGCACAUCGAAAGCUCUGCAGGAAGAUGCUCACGCCAGAGCUGCAGUAUCUCACCGAUAUGGGCGUCAACCUGUGGAUAACAAGACUGUGGGGUCACAUAAGAGAGAUCCUUCACUGGUAGCUCAGAAGAAAUGUUUUGCUAAGGUGAAAGGUCAGCACUGACUUUAUGGAAGCUUGUUUCCGCCACAUAAUAAAAGAUUAAAAUGCAAUUGUGA